GAAAGCGGUAAUGUCAGAGAAAUAGUGGAGUUUGGAAGUGAUAGUGUUGGGAAAUGGUAUAAGGGAAGUGAUGGAGUCAGAGAAGUGAUCGGUUGUUGGGAAGAGAUGUUAUUGGAAAAGUGUGGUGAAGUAAUAGUUUCGGGGGAAGUGAUUUUCUGGAGUAUUAGUUGUCGGGAAAGUGGUAAAGUAAUGGUUUCGGGGAAGUGGUCCUCGAUCCAUUGA